UCUGUCUCCCUUUUGCUUUCAGGUAACUUUUGUGCACAAAGUGCUCUUAAACUUAGAAACAGUAAAACUUUUGUUACUUGGGACUUUCCAAUGAAUUUCUUUCUAAUUGAUUAGUUGAGCUUACUGGGUAAUUGAGGGUUUAUCCUUUAAGCUUCAAAUUAUAAAACCACUUUGAAUGCAGAUCAUACUAAAAUUAAAUGUGUAAUUCUUUUCUGUUUUAAAUAGGAUGCAGAGUAUAAUUAAAUCCUUUGAUGACCUAGGGUCAUCUGUUGGAUUGUAUAUAGGACUCCUGAUCAGAUUUCUUUGCAUUUUGAAGUUAGUAAAUAUUUUUCAUGCUUUGCUGUUGGAUGUGCUUGUUACUGUGAUCAGUGUCCCCCUUCACCCUCUCAUCGCCAGUUUUUCUACACUGUUUUUUUCCUACGGAAAUCAAAUUUGUAAUUCUGCGAAGGGAAAAAAUGAGUUGACCUUUAUUUAGUGUGUGAGAUCUUUUGAGAACAGUGAAUGUCCAUCCUUGCACAUUGGAGUGUCUAUUUUGGUUGUCCAGAGGCCUUCACUCAAUGACUUUGCUAUGUUCUACUUAGUUGACUAUAUUGUGGAGUAUGACUAUGAUGCUAUACAUGAUGAUGAGUUAACUAUUCGAGUUGGGGAAAUCAUCAGGAACGUGAGAAAACUACAGGAGGAAGGAUGGCUGGAAGGAGAACUAAAUGGGAGGAGAGGAAUGUUCCCUGACAAUUUUGUAAAGGAAAUUAAGAGAGAGACAGAAUCCAAGGAUGACAGUUUGCCCAUCAGGCGGGAAAGGCACGGGGCUGUAGCAAAUCUCAUACAACGAAUAAGCACCUAUGGACUUCUACCUGGAGGAAUUCAGCCACUUCCACAAACCAAAAACAUUAAGAAGAAGACCAAGAAGCGUCAGUGUAAAGUUCUCUUUGAAUACAUUCCACAAAAUGAGGAUGAACUGGAGCUUAAAGUGGGAGAUAUUAUUGAUAUUAGUGAAGAGGUGGAAGAAGGCUGGUGGAGUGGAACCCUGAACAACAAGUUGGGACUGUUUCCCUCCAAUUUUGUGAAAGAAUUAGAAGUAACAGAUGAUGUUGAAACUCAUGAAGCCCAGGAAGAUUCAGAAACUGUUUUGACUGGGCCUACCUCACCUUUACCCCACUCUCUGGGGAAUGGGACUGAAACUGCACCUGCAUCAGUUACCCAGCCAAAGAAAAUUCGAGGAAUUGGAUUUGGAGAUAUUUUUAAAGAAGGCUCUGUGAAACUGAGAACAAGAACAUCCAGUAGUGAAACAGAGGAGAAAAAACCAGAGAAGCCUUUAAUCACACAGUCACUAGGAUCCAAAACUCAGAGUGUGGAGAUAACAAAAACAGACACUGAAGGUAAAGUUAAAGCUAAGGAAUACUGUAGAACGCUAUUUGCCUAUGAAGGUACUAAUGAAGAUGAACUGACUUUUAAAGAGGGGGAGAUAAUACAGUUGAUAAGUAAGGAAACUGGAGAAACUGGCUGGUGGAAGGGUGAACUGAAUGGUAAAGAAGGAGUAUUUCCAGACAAUUUUGCUGUUCAGAUAAAUGAACUGGAUAAGGACUUUCCUAAACCAAAGAAACCACCACCACCUGCUAAGAGUCCAAUUUCAAAGCCUGACCUGGUAGGUACCGAGAAGAAGUAUUUUCCCACAAAGCCUGAGGAAAAAGAAAAAUCAGAUGAAAAAUCAGUUUUGGAACAGAAACCUUCUAAACCAGCUGCUCCACAAGUCCCACCCAAGAAGCCUGUUCCACCUACCAAAGCCAAUAAUUUAUUGAGAUCUGGAGCGUUGUACCCAAAAAGACCUGAAAAACCGGUUCCUCCACCACCUCCUGUAACCAAGAUUAAUGGAGAUGUUUCUACCAGUUCAUCAAAAUCUGAAGCUGAGCCAGUAUCAAAACCAAAGCUAGAUUCUGAACAGUUACCACUUAGACCAAAAUCAGUAGACCUAGAUUCAUUUACAGUUAGAAGCUCUAAAGAAACAGAUCUUGUAAAUUUUGAUGACAUAGCUUCCUCAGAAAACUUACUACAUCUCACUGCAAAUAGACCGAAGAUGCCUGGAAGAAGACUGCCUGGCCGCUUCAAUGGUGGACAUUCUCCAACUCACAGCCCAGAAAAAACCUUGAAGUUACCAAAAGAAGAUGACAGUGCCAACCUAAAGCCAUCUGAACACAAGAAGGAUUCUUGCUACUCUCCAAAGCCGCCUGUGCACCUUCCAACACCUUCAAGUACUUCUAAACCAAAUACAGCUACUUUUCUAACUCCAUUAGAAAUCAAAGCUAAGGUAGAAGCAGAAAAUUCCUUGGAUGAACUUAAAGCUCAGAUUGUUGAAUUGCUGUGUGUUGUGGAAGCACUGAAAAAGGACCAUGGGAAAGAACUGGAUAAACUACGAAAAGAUUUGGAAGAAGAGAAGGAAAUGAGAAGUAAUCUAGAGGUGGAAAUAGAGAAGCUGAAAAAAGCAUUCCUGUCUUCCUGAGGUGACGUGCACCCCAGUGUUCUCGAUGUUCCAGGGAUUUAGAAGCAACACUAUGAACUUCAACUGAAAUGACAAAUACUGAUGUUGUGAUAAAGAAUAUGAGUAUAUGAACUCAUAUACUAUAUGAAUAUAGUAUAUUAUAUCUAUAGAAAAGUUGUAGGUGGGAGGGUGAAUUUUUUUAUAUAUUUUGUUUUGCCAAUACGAAAAAAGAAAAAAGAGGCCUUAUUUCUUAUGUGCUGGGAUUGCAAACUUUGUUGUUUAGUUUGCUUGAAAAUACUACUGAAUCUGUAUAAAAAGGAAAGAAAGUUCACAAUAGUUUUUUUUUUAAUCAAAAUUGUAGUAUUAUUUUUAAAGAGAUCUAUGCUAUAAAUAUGGUGGUAUCUUUUCAAAUAAUCUGUAAAAUAUGUCAUUUGAGAGGGACAGUUUAGCUUUAUAGUAACUGUAGCCACUACUUUUCCCAUAAAACAUAAGGGAUAUAAACUUUGUAUAUAUAUAUUUUUUAUGUUUAGCUUCUUAACCCAGGAUUACACUGUUGUGCCUGUUUGCAGUGCUGUUUGUACUCUGGGUGAUGAAAUAGGAGUUUCCUAGCUACAAACCAGAUUACUCACCCAUGCAUAUAGUAAUAACUAAUGAAAUAAUCAAAAUAACUUCUUCAACUUUGGGAAUAUUUUAUAUUGCUUGCACUAUAGGAUUCAUAAAAGGAAUUUAGUUAAAAUGUAUCAGAUUGUUAAAUAUUUGGGGAAAAUAUGAGCUAUAUUCUAAGCUCAUGUGAGGUCUAAGGAACUAAAAAUGUCAGUUUAACCCUUAACUUGUGCCUAUAAGCAACAGCACAUAUAAUAUGCAAACACCAGCCUUAUUGCUGUACUUCUCUGCUUGUUUUACGGGCUCAAAUAUUAACUCAUUUCAUGAUCUUGUGAUUUAAUUUUUCAUGCCCCUGCCUCUGAUUUUUAAUAACCGAAAUGUAGAAAACAAAACUCCGGAACUUUCAGAACUUCAGUGUGCAGUUUCAUACUUUGACAUGCUAUCAUUAUGUAUAUACUCAGGUUUUGCAUUGUGAAAUUUACCUGCUAGACUAAGCUAACCGGUGGAGAUGUUUUGGGCUAUCAUUUAGGUACCAACUUUAAAAAGAGUGUCUAGUAGAUCAUAAAGCUUAUUUAAAACCAAAUAUAGUUGGCCAUUUUCAAAAUGGAUUUUCACAAAAUGGAUGAAGACCAGAUUCUUCGGAAUCACUUAUGAACAUUUUAAAAUGUUACCUACAGAUAAAAUGUCUCAACAUAUGUGAGUUUAUAUUAAAAGUAAAAAUUUGAUUUUUUUUUGCAAAAUGAUUAGACUUUAAGCUUUGUUAUAGCAAAUGACUUUCAGAUUUUAAGUACCAUCUAUCAUGCUUCUAUUUUGUAUUGUUCAAACCCCCAAACCAAUAUUUUUCCUUUAAGUUUUAGUCUUAAAAUACUGAAAUCUUGUGUUAAUGAAAUUUUGUCAUGUUGUCUCCAAUAAAAGAAACAUGAAAUAGAAAAUGAUAGAAACUCUAAUACAUAAUUACUUGAUGUUAGAUCCACAACUUUAGUGCUUUGGGGGAAAUCUGAUUGUGUAUUGAGUGAAUACAUUUUAACUUUUUGAAGUCCUUAGGCUCUUCUGAUGAGGUCACUACUGAACAAAAUUGUUUAUUCCUUGUCUAAUGUUUUUAAAUGACUUGUUAAAUGAAUGAUUUCCUUCUUCUUAAAUAAAUUGUAUCUAAUUUUCUUUUAAUAUGAAGGUCCUUAGGUAGAAAUAAAAAGAGUAUUCUGGAAAUCAUCCUUCAGUUUGAUGACUGUAAAGUCUUAUGAAGGGACUCCUCCCCACCCUAAUAAUAGGGCAGGGGAAGUUUCCAGAGGAUUUGAGGCUGUUGUUAAAGUUUUUGUUGGUUAUUUUCUCACCAGUGCGUAAGAUCAAGAUGGUCAUGAGUGCAGAAAGACAUUUAAGUUUAAAGUGUUUGUUUGCCUCAGUUAGAAUUGAAAAAUAAUUAAGUACCAUAUCUGUUUUCCUGCCCUUGACCAAAUAGUAAAGAAAACCCAACAAAUUCAAAGGGAAAAACGAUUAUUUUAAUCUAGCAAUUCACCAGUAUUUGCUCUUGAUAUAGGAAUUUUAUUAAUUCCUGUAAAGUUCACAUCACAAGAUGCUGUGUAAUAAUAAUAGCUUUUACUUGGGGACAAAUCUUUCUCUUUUUUUUUAAUAAUGAGUGAGUAUAAAUGACAGAGCAGAGGUGAACUGCUUGGCGUCUGUCAUUGCCAGACUGUUAGUGAAUGUGUUGUUCAGGUUUGCUAUUCUUUGAAACACAUCAUAUUACUAAUUUUCAAAAUUAUAUUUUAAUAUUAGAUGUACUGUGUGUAUGUAUGCGACCACUAGGCUUCGGUCAUACUAUAAAGCUGUUACCUCUCUACAAAAUCUAAGUCUGAAGAUAGGAAGAGAGAAUGGGCCUGGUGUAACAGAGGAUUCUCUUUUUAUGCUUCUUACUGUGAUCACAGAAAAAACAACAACAACCCAAGUGCUCUCUGGAUGUAUUGGUAAACAUUUUAUGCUUGCAUUUAAACUUGAAAUGUAUGAACAGAAUGAGACAAUCAGUUCAAAUCAGCAAUGAGAAGUGUUAAAAUGUAAUAGCCUUGUAUUGCUGUAGCAAUAAAAUGACCAAGUGCAAUGACUUGAUUUAAUAAAAUCAUCUUUUUAAAAGUUGCUGCUAUGAAUAUUUUUAGCCAUAAAAUUUUACCCUUGUUAUAGCCUAACUUGCCUUCAGUAACUAUUGUGUAAUGCAGUUGGUGUUGUGGUAUUCUAACAUUCCAAAAAAAAAAAAAAUAAUAUAUAUUUAUGGGGAAACUCAGAACAGUAUACUUCACUGACUUGUUUACAGGUGCUGUAAAAAGCAUGCUUCUCCUUCAAAAAGAAAAUAAAGAAUAGUAUUGCCA